UAAUCUUGAAGAAUUUAUUUUACAGCCUAUAUUUCAUGACGGGAUGAAAGAGUGGAGUUGUUGCAAAAAAAGAAGUCACGAUUUCAGCUUAUUUCUAGAACUUCCAGGAUGUAAGACAGGUAAACACACAACUGAAAAGCCUGUACUAGCAAAGGCAGUUGCUCCUCCAAAGAAAACUUAUGCACCAGCAAAUACAACUGAUUCAUCGUUGACAGAAGCUUGCUCUAGGUGCCGCCAGGGAUUCUUUUGCUCAAAACACGGUGAUAUGUUUUUAGGUUCACAAGCCAGAGAAAUGACUCCAAAAGCAUCAAAUGUAGUGGCUGUUAUUCCCACUGAAAGCACUCCAAAUGUACAGGAAAGUGUUCCCGCUCCACCAAAGAAGAUAAUUGAUAUAAACCAGCCCCAAACCUGUAGAAACAAAGGAUGUGGUAAAACUUUCAAAGAAAAGGAUAAUCAUGACGCAGCAUGCAGUUACCAUCCCGGGCCUGCUGUAUUCCACGACCGGAACAGAGGGUGGAAAUGCUGUGACAUUCAUGUGAAGGAGUUUGAUGAGUUCAUGAGUAUACCUCCAUGCAUGAAGGGAUGGCACAACGCAGAUCCAGUAUCAUAAGAUGCACACACCAACAAGCAUAAGUUAUUGUCCAUUGAAGAUGGUUUGUUUAUCAUUAAAUGCAUACCAUGGAAGUUCUUGUCCUUGAACUUAAUGUUUUGAAGUACAAGAAGGCAGUCUUAUGACUUUAGGAGUACUUUUGUGAUGGUUCCUUAUUCUCUCUCUGUUUUUUAAUUAUUUUUUUUUUAAUUAUUUUUUUUUUUUCGGAGUCCUUACUUGGUGUAAUAGAAAAUGUUAGCAAAAGUUUAAUAGUGAGAAUAUUGUUUCUACCUUGAAAGCAGCCUAGUUAUGUAAAACAACAAUUUAAACAUGUGUGUGAUACGAUUAGAAGUUGUUCUGAAUUUAUUAUUAUUUUAAGCUGGA